AUGGACGAUUCAUUUGCUGAAUUGAAUAAGUUAUCUGAUGAAAUUCUUUUGAUUAUUUUCAAAAACUUAGAUAAUUGUCAUGUACUUUAUUCUCUUCUUGGUGUUAAUCAACGACUUACAAAACUUGUACAUAAUUUUUCAUUUACUAAUCAUUUAACAUUAUUCAAACAACUAUCUUUUGAUAACAUUUCUCGAUUACCUGAUUCAAUGUUAGAUCGAUUUUGUUCGGAAAUUUUACAUAAAAUCAAUGAUAAAAUUAAUUGGUUGGAUAUUGAAAUAUCCUCGGCACAACGUAUUUUUCUUGUUGAAAAUUAUCCGAAUUUGAUUGGUCUUGGCUUGUACAAUAUUGAAACAGAAAAUGAUGUGCAAUUUUUAAAAGAGGAUACAUUUAUAGAGAGGUUUCAAAAUCGAAUCUCAUCAUUUGUUUUCAAAUGUAUUGAUAAACAAGAAACGUCCGAAACUGUCAAUACACAAUUGUUUGCAUAUAUUGUUAAUACUUUCAGUAAUUUACGAUAUUUAAAAUUUGAUUCAUUACUUUUUUAUGAUCAACGAAUGUCGUGGGUCUAUUCGCCACCAUUUAUGUCUUCUUCCACUUUAGUGAAAUUACAUGUUAAAGUCGAUUUCUUCGAUGAUUGUCUUUAUUUACUUGAUGGGCGUUUUGAUCAACUUCGUAUUUUUUAUGUUGAUGUUCAAUAUACAGUUCAACGUCCAAAUGUACAUAUAAACCAAAAACAAGCACACAAUUUACAAUGUUUUUCAUUGUAUUGUUUCUCGGAAAUUAAGCGUUAUGAUACAAAAGUUCUGCCAUUGUUACAAGAAAUGAUCAAUUUAGAAGAACUUUAUUUGUAUUUAUUAAUCAAAAGAGGUAAUGGAUUUGUUGAUGGUAAUGAUCUCAAGAUGAGUAUUAUUAAUUAUAUGCCAAAAUUAAAUAAAAUUCAUUUGAAUAUUUGUUCGAUGAUAUCUUUAACCAAUGAAAUUUAUUUACCAUCAAAUAAAGAUAUUCAACAUUCAUUCGAACAUUUGUUUAAUCUUCAGAUAAACUCAUGUAUUAAUUAUUUUCCCGAAGAAGGAAUAGGUCAAUGUCAUAUCUAUUCAUAUCCAUUCACAAUAAAGACUUAUCCAAAUAUCGCAAACAACUUUCCUGGCGGUUUAUUUCGAUGUGUUAUGGAAAUGUCAUUGUUUGACGAACAUCCUUUUGAAUAUGAAUUUUUCCAUCAAAUUGCUCAAUCAUUUCCGUUUUUGAAACGACUAACUAUUCGAAAUGAAAAGGCACAAUGUAAAAAAGCCAAAAAACAUGAAAAAUUAUUAAGUAUUCACUAUCCUUAUCUCGAAUAUCUACAUUUGAGAAAAGUUCAUGAUGAUUAUAUUGAACAAUUUCUGAUCGAUACUAAAACAUAUCUACCAUUUCAUGUUAUGUUUUUCAGUAAUUAUCAAUCUUUAAAACGAAUAACGCACAAAUUUACACGGAGAGCAACACAAACCAAUUGUGCCAAAUUGACAUAUCGAUGUAUCGAGAGAAUUCCUCGUUUUCCAAAACAUUUCAAAAGUUAUUUUUUCGAGACAAGCACACUAAAGUUAUGA